AUGUCACCCUCGUUCAAUUGGACCGCAGUGGCGAUUGCCAUCGCGGCAGUUUUCAUCUUCUGGACCAUCUCCUCAACUUCCUCGCCCUUCACACGAUCAUUCCCUCGCCUAUUCAACAAGCGUAUCUGCCUGUUGAUUGCGCAUCCCGAUGACGAGGCAAUGUUCUUUUCGCCCACAGUGUUGGCCCUCACCAAGCCUGAACUUGGGAACCAUCUGAAGAUCCUCUGCUUGAGCACCGGCGAUGCCGACGGCCUCGGCGAAACCCGCAAGAAAGAGCUCCAAAAGAGCGCUAUCCUCCUUGGCGUCCGUAGCGAGUCUGACGUUUUUAUCGUUGACGACCCCACCCGCUUCCCAGACAGCAUGACAGCCACCUGGGCCCCGGAACAUGUCACUUCACUCCUGGCGUCGGCCUUCUCCCCCGACCUUGCCGCCACCCUCAACGGCACCGCCAAGAAGAACGCGAAGAAAGCACCCACCGCCAGCAUCGAUGUGCUCCUCACCUUCGACGAGCGUGGUAUCAGCAACCACCCUAACCACCGCUCCUUGUACCACGGCGCUGUGCACUUCCUGCGCACUCUGAUGGCGGACAAGGAGGGCUUUGCGUGCCCGGUAACGCUGUACACGCUGACCUCAACGUCCAUUUUCCGCAAGUAUGCCGGCGUGCUUGACGCGCCGCUGUCGAUGGUACAAGGCGUCUGGAGUAACAUCUUUGCCGGCAAGCGGCAGGCUGGCGCGGAUGGCCCAUCACGACUGCUUUUUGUGAGCUCGGUGGGUGAGUGGCUGACUGCGCAGUCGGCCAUGGUAAUGGGGCAUAAGAGCCAGAUGGUCUGGUUCCGCUGGGGCUGGAUUACCCUCGGCAGGUAUAUGACUGUCAACGAUUUGAAGCAGGAGAAGGUGUAG